AUGUCAUCGUUUGGAAAGCAUCGCCGUAAGACGCACACAUUGUGCGGCUGCUGGGGUUCGAAGGCCUACCACCUUCAUUGGUCCACCUGUGGCAAAGGUGGCUAUCCUGCCAACCGCAAGGAAAAGUGUAACUGGAGUGCCAAGGCUAAAAGAAGAAACACCACUGAGACUGGUCGAAUGAGGAGGCACCUAAAAACUGUAGACCGCAGAUUCAGGCAUGGGUUCCAUGACGGAACAACACCUAAGCCCAAGAGGGCUGCUGUUGCAGAGUCCAGUUCAUCUGAAGGAUUUCAACUACUAGUCACACAAUAAAUGUUCUGGUUUAAAAACAAAA